AUGUGUGAUAUUCAAGCUAAUACAAUUGAUCCAUUACUGAGAAGAUUAUUGGAGCAAACUUUCGAAGCAAUUGUCGACGCAGGUAUCAAUCCAAUGACACUACGAAAACAAAAUAUUGCUACGAUCUUAGGACUAACUUUUGUUGAGUCGCAAAAGGAACUUUUAUAUCGAGACUUGCAGGUCAAUGGUGUGAAUCUUAUUAACUCUUGUAAAGCUUCAAUAGCAAACUUCAUUUCUUAUUGGCUGGAUUUGAAAGGACCAUCUAAUGUAGUUGAUUCAGCUUGUAGUUCUAGUCUUUAUGCUAUAGCAGUUGCAUUUAAUUACAUUUUAUCUGGUAGAUGCGAGGAGGCUAUUGUUGCCGCUGGAAAUUUGUGUCUAAAUCUGACAAUGAAUGUACAAUUUUUUCGCCUUGGUGUUUUGUCAUCAACAAAUUAUUGUAGACCCUUUGAUGUAAACGCAAAUGGUUAUACACGUAGUGAAUCAAUAUCGGUAUUAUAUCUUCAAAAGGCAAAAAACGCGAAAAGAAUUUAUGCUUUAUGCAAACAUAUAAAACUGAACAGUGACGGAUUUAAACAGGAAGGAAUAACGUACCCAUCGGAAUGUAUGCAAACACAGUUAUUAACUGACUUUUAUACAGAAUGCGGGAUAUUGCCAACUAAUGUGGAAUACGUUGAAGCACACGGUACCGGUACGAAAGCUGGUGAUCCGGCCGAACUUAGUGCUCUCUCUAAUGUUUUUUGCAAAAACAGAAAAAAUCCGUUAUUAAUCGGAUCCAUAAAAUCCAAUCUUGGUCAUACCGAAGCAGCCAGCGGUAUGAAUCAGAUAGUCAAGGCGAUAAUCGCAAUGGAAACUGGCUUUAUUCCACCAACGAUCAACUUUACAUCACCACGACAGGAAAUAGAAUCUCUCAGAAAUGGAACUAUACGUGUUGUUACGGAAUCAACGCGUCUUACAAACGGUUACAUAGGCAUAAACUCGUUCGGAUUUGGAGGAGCCAAUAGUCACUUAUUAUUAAAAUGGAAUCCUAAAAGAAAGAUUACUAACGGUCUACCAAAUGAUGACUUGCCGAGACUUGUUACUAUCUCUGGGCGCACCGAAGAAUCAGUGCAGUCGUUUUUGAAAGAUAUCGCAAAUUAUCAGUUAGACGUGGAGUAUAUUCGUUUACUCCAUGACAUUUAUGCUUAUAAUAUAGACGGUCAUCCAUGGAGAGGAUAUAUUGUACUGAAUAAAAUGCAACAGUGUUUGAUAAAAGAAAUUCAGGCUUAUAGAAACGAUCAAAAAUCUAUUUGGUUUAUAUUUUCUGGAGUGGGCUCUCAAUGGUUUGAACUAGGUCAACAUUUACUAAAAUUUUCCAUCUUCGCACGUAGUAUGGAAAUAUGUGAUAAUGUUUUAAAACAAUAUAAUAUAAGCGUAACUUCCAUUACGACAAUGAUAGACGAAAAGAUGGACAAAAGCCCUUUGAACGCAUUGAUUUGUAUCGUUGCAAUUCAG